AUAGAUAUAAGAGUGUAGCAGGUGCGUGUGUAUAUUACGUGUAGUGUACGUUGCCAUUAGUUGCUUUCAAUUUCAUUGCGACUGUUCGUUCAAACGCGCACUAUCAGCUCAGCGUUUACUAACGUUUAGAUAAGAGCCGGCACUAACUACAUUGCUGCACAAACACACUCAUCGCGCAACUAGAUAAAUUACCAAUUAUGGCAGAUAUAAUCAAAAAAGGUGCCCUCUUUCUCAUGAGCCAAAAAUGCUAUGACAAUUACGUUUUGGAACACAAUUUUCUCGAUGUGCCAUGCUUCAAGGCGCUGCUGAGCAAAGGUCUCGGUAUUGGCAUCAUUGCCGGCUCGGUGCUGGUGAAAGUUCCGCAAGUGCUCAAGAUUCUCAACAGCAAGUCGGGCGAAGGCAUCAAUCUGAUCGGUGUUAUGCUCGAUCUGCUGGCCAUCACAUUCCAUAUGUCCUACAACUUUAUGAACGGCUAUCCCUUCAGCUCAUGGGGUGACAACACUUUCCUUGCUCUGCAAACUGUAGCGAUUGCUGCUCUCGUUCUCUUCUUUGGCGGUCGCAAACCACACGCUUUUAUCUUUCUGCUGGCGUAUGCGGGAUUGCUGUAUGUGCUGAACUCGGGCCUGACAUCGAUGGCCGUGCUGCUGACCAUACAGAGUUGCAACAUUCCCAUUCUGCUGGUAGGCAAAUUGUCGCAGGCGGUGACCAACUAUAAUGCCGGGUCCACAGGACAAUUGUCGGCAGCGACGGUGAUCAUGAUGUUUGCCGGCUCGUUGGCUCGCAUCUUUACCUCGAUUCAGGAGACUGGCGAUCAGAUGAUUAUCAUUACGUUCUGCGCAUCAACAUUCGCCAAUGGCGUCAUACUCGCCCAGCUGUUGUACUACUGGAACAAGUCACCAGCGGGCGCCAAGAAACAGGCGGCUGUCAAGAAGGCCAAGAGCAAGAAGGACAAUUAAGCAACGAAGAGGCUGUUUGCUUUUACUCUAAACUACAUUUAAACGUAAACGUUUUCUCGACAUUAUAGAACAAACUAGCAAGACACUAAUUAAAUGUAAUGCUUAACGCAA